AUGACACCAAGCUUAAUUGUUUUAUCAAUGUAGGAUUAACUAAUAUUUAGAAUCCGUAAUGUACUUAGUGCCCGAGGACAACGUAUCAUCGCGGCGUGACUUGGAUGCCCCUGAUGCAUUGGAUACUUUAGACCGUUGUUAUCGACUACUGGCUUCUGCUAGACCAUCUCGAACGCCCCUCUCAGCAUCAUCAAAUAAAGCUACCCCUCCUUUAGUUUUGGGUAGAUUUUUAAAGAAACCAGUUUUCGAUGCAAUCAAGCGAAGAAUAACAAAAUUAGAUCAUGAUCUUUUCGACGUCAUAUGGCCGGCAGUGAAAAAAAUUCCAGACAACAAAAAUAUUGUUCAGACAGUCGAAGAAGAUUUUCCCGGUGGAAUAACUGCACCGGAUUAUUACGUAUAUGACGUUUUUCAUGAGUUUUUAAUCCCUCUCUUAAAAGAUCUUCACAACAUCAAUGUAAAUACAGACAUUCCUAUUCAUCCACAAUCUGAUUUUAAACAAUCGCUAAAGAUUUCAAGUGAAUCAGUCGUUGAAGUUAACAUUGAUCCAAACGAUGAAUUUGUACUAUCUGGUACUAUAGAAUGCUCCAGAAAUUUAAAUGGUUUUGAAUUGCCUCUAAAUUUAAAAGUCGGAAAACUAGAAACAAUUGAGAGAAUUUUAACAAAAAUAUUGAUGCACGAAGAUUUCGUUAAACUAAGCCAACAAACAAACCCUGAAUCAGAACAAAAAGGCGGCUCGUACUAUACCCUAAACGAGGUUUUAGAGAAGCCGUCUGAGAUAAGUGCUCAGUUAGCAUCAAGUGGAUUAUUGAUUGCUCUUUGUGAUAGGGAUGAGAUCGAUGAUUAUAUGCGAUUACAUGGUAAACACUGGCCGUAUGGUCGAGGGGUAUUUGUCAGUGAAGAUAAAACUAUCGCAAUUUGGAUCAAUGUACACGAUCAUAUUAGAGUGCUUGUUUCGACAUCAGUUGAUGCACCUGGCGAGAUUGGUUUGCCUUUCACUAAACUUUCAUUUAUUAUGAGAUACCUACACGCAAAAUUAGAUUUCGUAUGGCACGAGAAACUUGGACAUCUGUCGAGCAGACCAACUUUUUUGGGAGCUGGAAUUCGUUUCAGCCUUAUUAUAAACUUUCCUGGACUCUCGAAAGACCCCGAAAAUAUGAAACAUCUUUGCGCCAUGCGAGGUUUGCAAUAUCGUGAAACGUUGAGCCCUGACAUUGCAAGGAUUAGCAAUUAUCAGUGCUUGAGUAUUACAGAAACAAACUGUUUUAAUGAUUUCAUCACAGCUUCAUCAAAUCUCCUACAUCUCGAGAACGAUUUAUCAAUGCAAAACUCAGCACAUAUUGCAACUAUGUUGACAAACAUUUUUCGAAGAAAACGAAGCAGUCUAGCUGAUUUAGAUAGUCCGGAAAAACGUGAAAAACAAUAGGAAGUCUAUAGUCACCAUUUUAGCAGCUUAGCAACUAGAGGAUACACUUAUUAUAUUUUAAUUCACACUUAGUUUUACAAUGCGCAUAUUAUUUUACGAAUGUUGGAAAGAUUAUAGGUACUGAGAGGUGCAUAGGCGAGGCUGACCAGAUGAAAAAAGUAAAUAACUUCUAAAAUUCUUAGGUUGGUAUUGGAAAUUUUCAAUUUCCUCACUG